UAGCGCGCCAAGCAGACAAGGUUUUCGUUUGCCUAGACUUGCCCGGCAAAUUUGUUUGACGCGGCAUCAUUUGCGUUAGAGCAAUAUCUUCAAUUAUAGCCUAUUAGAAUGUCCAAGAGAAAAGGCGUAAGCGCUGAAGAAAAGCGACAGCGGAUGCUACAAGUUUUCUAUGAAAAAAAAGAUGUGUUUCAACUGAAAGAUCUCGAGAAAAUCGGUCCCAAGGAAAAAGGUGUCAUAGCGCAGGCGGUUAAAGACGUUGUCCAGUCCUUAGUCGACGACGGUCUCGUGGACUCUGAGAAGAUAGGCACGUCGGUCUACUUCUGGUCUUUCCCAAGCAAAGCUGUCAGCACGAGAAAGCGUAAAAUAGACGAGCUGAAGACAAAAGUGGAGGAUGCGCAGAAGAAGCUCAAGUUUGUCGAGAGUCAGCUGGCAAAGGCUCAAGUGGGAAGGGAGGACUCGUCUGAGCGAGAGGAACUGAUGUCCAAGCUGAGCGAGUUGGAGCGAGACCGUGACGAGGUUUCGGCCGAGCUGGACAAGCACAGGGACUGCGACCCGAGGUUCUGGAAGAGGUCAAGAAGCAGACACUCGUGGCCAAGGAGGCCACCAACAGUAUGGACAGAUAACAUCUUUUCCAUCAAGUCCUGGGUAAAGAACAAGUUCUUCAUCGAGGAGUCUGUGCUCAACAAGCAGUUCGGCAUCCCGGAAGAACUGGAUUACGUGUAA